AUGAUAGAAGAAACAUUAGAUCAUCAAAAUCCAAUUUCUUCUGAUGUAAGAAGACCGUUAAAGGUAAAAAAAGGUCAUGUUUGUGGUAUAUGCAAAAAAUGGUUUAGAAGAUUAUGUGAUCUGCGUAGGCAUGGAAGUGUACAUUCCACAGAAAAACUAAUACCUUGUGAUCAUUGCAACCUAAAAUUUGCAUCUAAAGAGAGAUUAUACCAACAUUGCAAAUAUGUCUCACUUGAAAAAGCCUUUCAGUGCGAGUUUUGUCCUAUGAACUUUAAAAAUUCUUGCACUCUUAAACUUCAUAUGAUCACUCACACUAAAGUAAAACCUUAUAAAUGUGAAAUGUGUAAUAAAAAUUUUCGUCGUAAAAAUGCUCUUAAAUACCACUAUAGUAGUAAAACGAAUCUAGCGCAUCAUAGGAAAUUCGAAGAGUUUAAACAGUUUGAAUAUCUAGUUAAGGAUUAUGAAAAUGUUGCAGAUGAUAGUGAAGAACAUAUUUGUACAGUGUGUAAUAGACAAUUUAAAACGAUAUUCACUCUUAAACGCCAUACUCGUAGCCAUGCUAAUGAAAAGUGUGAGUGUGAUAUAUGUGGGUUAAAAUUUAGUAGAAAUGAUUUAGUGCUCAGGCAUAAACGUGCAAUGCAUUCUAAUGAAUGUAAGGUUUUUUCUUGUGAAAUUUGUAACAAAGUGUUUGCUUCUGAAUAUUCUGUUAAGUUGCAUAAAGCAGCAAUCCAUGAACAAGACAAUUCUUUUAAAUGUGAAGUUUGCCCUCGAGUGUUUUUACUCAAAUCUUUGCUUGAUACACAUAUGAGUAGUCACACUGAAAAGAAAAUACAUGCUUGCACAAUGUGUGACAAAAGAUAUACAUCUUUGCAUUAUUUGAAGUAUCAUAUGAGAAUCCAUACUGGUGAACAACCAUAUGUGUGUGAGGUUUGCAAUAAAUGUUUCACUGGACAUGAUAUACUCAAAAAUCACUCUAAAUGGUGUAAAAAAAAUAGUAACUAUUUCAGACACAAAGCAAACUGCAAAGAUUAA